ACGUCACACACAGACGCUCCCUUUCCACAGUAGAUGGAGAAAGAUGGCGCCCAUGCACGUACUGAGAUGCUGUCAACGGGGAUUAGCAUGGAUACCUGUGAUUUUCAUCGCUUUGGUCGUCUGCUGGUCCUAUUAUGCCUACGUGGUGGAGCUUUGCAUAUUCACCAUCACUAAUAUAGGAAAGCAGGUUGUAUACCUCAUCUUCUUCCAUUUCUCCUUCAUCAUGUUUGUGUGGUCGUACUGGAAGACCAUCUUCACAAAACCUGCCAACCCUUCCAAAGAGUUCUGCUUGGCCAAGGCGGAGAAGGAGCGCUACGAGAAGGAAGAGCGGCCAGAAUCCCAGCAGGAGAUUCUGUGUCGAGCCGCUGCCAGUUUGCCACUUUAUACCCGCACCGGAGCAAGAGCAAUUCGUUACUGCGACCGCUGUCAAGUUAUCAAGCCCGACCGUUGUCACCACUGCUCCGCGUGCGACAUGUGUGUGCUAAAGAUGGACCACCAUUGUCCCUGGGUGAACAACUGUGUGGGCUUCUCCAAUUACAAGUUCUUCAUCCUCUUCUUGGCCUACUCGCUUCUUUACUGCUUGUUCAUCGCAGCCACCGUGCUGCAGUAUUUCAUCAAGUUCUGGACCAAUGACCUGCAGGAAACUCACUCACACGCCAAAUUCCAUGUCUUGUUUCUCUUUUUUGUGGCGGCCAUGUUCUGCAUCAGUAUCCUCUCCCUCUUCAGCUACCACCUGUGGCUCGUCGGAAAGAACCGCUCCACCAUCGAGGCGUUCAGAGCGCCCGUCUUUAGGACCGGGUCCGACAAGAAUGGCUUUUCGUUGGGGUUCGGGAAAAAUAUUGCUCAGGUGUUUGGAGACCAGAAGAAGUACUGGCUAUUACCAGUCUUCACCAGUCAAGGAGACGGUCUGACGUUCCCCACUCGGCUCGUCAACGCCGACAUCGAGCAGCCGACAGCCGUCUCGCACCCGGAGCCUAAUAAAAGCGAAGUGAUAGUGGGCCCACUCAGCGAGUCGCACAACCGCCUCCUGAACAAUGAGCAGCACACUAACAGCACGGUACAACACGUGGCGAGUGAUCCCAUCACGUCAGCCCCAAAUGACACCAUCGCCAUCUCCAUGGAGAGUGAGUCCUAACCAGGAGCCACUCCUCAAUCAUCCAGUCCGAUGCCUUAAGCUGUGCGACCCUUUCGCUCAUCGCCAUGGUGACGGCCCCUCCGUGCAACCUCAGAGUAACGAUGGCAAUGCAUUCCUUUUGCCUGUAACAGCACAGAGCUGCGUCCAUGGCGUUGGUGUUUUUCCGCAUGCAGCAGCAGCAGCAACAGCAGCACACAUUUAUUUCAUUGUAUCUGUAUCGGACUUUUUCGGUUUCGUAUCUAAUCCUAUGCGCGAAUCACAAGCUGCUUUUUUUAAAAAAUGGUCUUUUUAUUUUUUUUUUGUGCCAAAGCUACCUGGAUCCACAUUAAGAGGCACAAAGCUGCAGUCAGAAAUGGAAGAAAAGCUGGAUCGUUGCCAUUUUUGUUUUCUACGAAGAAUCCACUGAUGGGACUAUUGUUUUUCUUCUUUUGAACUGUAUUCUUGAAGGACAUUGAAUAUUUCCCAGCACAGAUGUCCCCAGAUGCCUGGGUCAGUGAGCGUUUUUUUUUCUAUGAGCACAAGACGAUGCAUAGUAUUGCUGUAUACAUCAAACAGUGCUGCUCGUUUGCAGGUCGGCAAAGCAUCACAAGUUGAAUGAUUUGCGCGUGCGUGUGUGUGUGUCUUUACGUUUUUACGCGUUUGCUCGUCCAAAAGUCGUCCCUUUCCGUUUGGUUACGUCUGCAGUGCUCGACAAAUUCAACAUUUCUUGCCAAAAUAAGGGCUGCACCAGCAGGAGCUCAGACUCCUGAACUACAAGUGUUUACAGCAUCCUUAGCUUUACCUUAACCUCUGUGGGCCAAACAACAUUUAAGAGGCAUGGCACUUGUUGUUUUCACACCGUGUUGUCUCAUUCUAACCAGCAGAUGGCGACAAAACGCUUUACCUGCUGCACACAAACAUGAUCUCAAAUACAGUCAUAUUUUUUGGAUCAUGACAAAAAAUAGUUUUGAAGACUUGAGACCAUCAAAUUUGGCCUUUUUUUUUUUUUUGCUUAUUCCGAGCAUUAGCAUGUGUUUUUGAGUGGAUUGUCUUGUGUCCUUGACAACGCAGGGAUUAUCAUCGAUCUCACAGUAUCUCAACCGUUUUUUUGUACAGACUUUUUAUUUGUAGGAUGACCAAACGACUAAGUGAGGAAAUCUGGUCCACAUAUGCAACUUACCCGUUCCUCAUGCACUUAUGUAAUAUUGGUGUGUCCGAUCGCAUCCUCAUGAGAGUUGAGCCUCCUGCAAAUCACAUCCCACGCUGUACACGUUUACAGCCCUUUAUGUAUUGUACAGAGUGACCUGUGGUGUUGUACAAUGUUUUCUACCAUAGCUGUGCUCCAUGUAAGCUGUCAAAUGGGCUUCGCGUGCCAUCUAAUUAUAACAAAUCCAAAUGAUUUGACAGAACUCAAAAGCAAGCAGAAGUUAUAUAACCUUUUGACUCGUUUCCAUUUAUUCACAAUAUUUGGACCUAUCAAUCUUUCAUUUUCUAUAAAUGCCCUCUAAUCUUUUCUCUGGGCCUCGACGCGCGCGUGUGUAUUUUUGCACUGUGUUGUUUUGUAAUAUUAUCGUCUUUGAGAGAAAUGCUUCAGUGCAGCAACCUGUUUUUUACAUAUGUUGUACCUACCGGUGUGCAUAACACCAGAAUAAAGCCCCUCAGCAUGA